CAUCAAGAUUUUAAUUAUUGUUUCACGUGUCUUCUCGGAGACAAGGCAAAAAUCUUUCGAGAAUGAAGCUCAAUAAGUGUCUCCCAUUGUUUGCAGCAAUUGUCAUCGUCAUCUUGCUGCCCCCAUCCGAUGCUGGAAAAAAGAAGAAUCUGUUCAAAAAAGUAUAUUCAUCAGCAUCACCUAUUAAUUCAGUCCCGCAAUCAACUACAAGCCGACCGCCUUCACCUACUAAUCCCAAUCCAGGAUCCUCAGGAGUCACUGAAGCGAGAUUGGUUACCCUAAAAAAGUCCUUUCGUUUACCCGGAACUUCUGAAACUCACAAAUCAGUUGAACAUCGCAAACACGAUGACUUCCCAGCGUUAGACGGGAAUCACGCUAGAAAGGUUGAUCAACAUGCUAGACUUUCACCGCCUCCUCAACGAAAGUCACCGCUUCCACCUCAAACCGAGUUAAUUUUAUCAAAAAAUCCUUUCGCACGACUCCCAGGCGCACGGAAAUCAAGCGACCAUGUGAACCAACCUAAACAACCUGAAGAGUUUCCUCCGUUAGGCGGCAGUGACGAGCGUCUCAACGCUAAUCGGAAUCCCGCAUUGCCUGGAAGUAGCAGUCAUGCCGAAGCUUUCAAUAAAAAGUCUUUGAGAUCACCUGAAGCUCAAAGGAAGUUUCCUCUUCAAGAUUAUCCCGCUUUGCCUGGCUCCAGUCAUUCCAAGAAUCCUAGCAGUCGCCCUAGCUUGGAAUCGUUGGCGAAUUCUCAGGGAAAAUCGUCCCUUAAUCAAAUUCCUACCUUACCUGGAAGCAGCAAUCAUGGCGAAGCCUUGAGUAAAAAGACUUUGGGAUCAUCUGAAGCACAUAGAAAGCUUUCUCUUCAAGAAUAUCCCGCUUUGCCUGGCUCAAGUCAUUCCACAAAUCCUAGCAGUCGCCCUAGCUUGGAAUCAUGGGCGAAUUCUCAGAAAAAAUUGUCCCUUGAUCAGUUCCCUGCUUUGCGCGGUAGCAGUAGUAGUCUUCGUAUCCCCAAGAACCCUCCAGCAGGAAAUCAAUCACCUAAUCCCGAAAAGAAGACAUCUUUGGAAGAAUAUCCCGCCUUGGGUGCUCCACGCUACCUGAAGUCUAGUUUGUAUCCAGUCGAGCGAUCAAACAGUUUAAUCCUAAACUCUCAAUCUUCCGCUCAUCACCCAGCAUUUGUGCGUGGUAGCAGUGUUGACUCUACCAAAGAUUUGCGCUUUUCCAGCCAAUUCGAUGGUUCGAUGAAUAGUCCAUUGCAAAAGAACAAAAACUUCUUCGGAAGCUCAUCGUCUUCAUUGGCGAGCACUUCAGGUCUUGGAGCUAGUUAUCACAGCACGUCUAGUGGAUCAUUCAGCUCACUAAGCGUUGGUCGAAACAGCCCGGGAUUGGGCAGAGGUAGAAAAUUCAGCGAUGCUUCUUUGGUACCACAGUUCUCAGUUGCCGUCAGUGAUAAAACCUGCAAAGACGACACCUCUCCAGCAGAACAGUGCUUCAAUUACUUCACUUUCAGCCUCUUCUGGCCCCCGGCUUUGGGAUACGAGUACAAGUCCAAUAACAAAGCAAUCAAUGACAACGUCAAUAUUGCCAGAUGGUCAGUUCAUGGAUUGUGGCCUUCUUCUUAUGGCGGCAUGACGCCAGAAAACUGCCACAAGCGGACUUCUGUUACCUUCAACCAGUAUCGAUUAGAGCGUGAAAAAGGACUAAGAGCCAGCUUAGAGAACAAGUGGAUCAAUAUUUGUCCUUAUAAACAGAAAGAAUGUUCUUUGGUUAGAUUUUGGGACCGCGAAUUCACGACCCAUGGCGCUUGCGCUGCAAGAUCGCCGUUGAUUGGUUCUGAUAUUGGUUACUUCAAAAUGGCGGUCAGUUUGUCGACUAGUCUCGACAUGGACCAUCUGCUAUCAAAUUUAGGUCUGAAUCCUGGGAAAAUCAUGACCUACGGUGACCUUGUGGAUAAAAUCAGCGAUAAAAUCGGAACGACUGUUCGAGUUGAGAUUGUUAAAAAUAGGAAAACUAAUGAAUGUUACUUGAAAGAAAUCAGAGUGUGCUACGACUUGAAUUUCCAUCGCAUCAAUUGUCCAGGAAAAAAACUUUUAUUGCAAGAAAUGAGGGAAUUAAAUAUUCGUCAUUUGGAUUAUGUACCGGCAAUUUAAAAAAAAAAUAAAAUUGAGAUGAAAUGUAU